GGAUAUGAAGCGACAAAUGCAGCGCAGCGUAGUCUGCCCAGCGUUCACUGCCCGUUACCCGCGGAUUUCCUUAAAACAAUUCCACACGUUCCUUCCUACCGAUCCCAUGCCCCUUCUUUGGUGAACUCUCCAAAUAUGAGGUGGUUUGUAUCCUGUAACAUGGUGUAGCUCAGCCUCCAGUGAAGCAGAAGCGGCCCACUUGCACUGAGUCAGGAUGUCCAGCAGCUCUGGCUAUCCCCCUAGCCAGGGGAGCUUCAGCAGCGAGCAGAGCCGCUACCCAUCCCAUUCUGUCCAGUACACAUUCAGCGGCACGCGGCACCAACAAGAUUUUUCCGUCCCAGAUUAUCGUACUCACAUGCAAGAUCCGCAGGGUCGAAGAAGACCAUCUUUACUAUCGGAAUUCCACCCUGGUACCGAAAGGCCUCCAGAGAGACGGCAUGGUUACGAACAGCAGUUUCACUCCAUCACUACUCAGGCUGAACAUGAAGCCCUGGAGACCAAGCGCCCACGCAUGGACUCUAUUUCUGAGGCCCACAUCACUCGUACCUCUUCUUCCGCUGGGAAUAUUCUCUUGCCCAUGCACAAUACACUACAGGAUAGCCUUAGAGCCACUGUUGAGGUGAAAAAGGAGUCGCCUUUCAGUGUGAAAGUGGAAUGCCCUUCCCCAGGAGGACCUACGUUACACCUUGGGGAAGAACAUGACACGUCUCCUUCCAAGCUAUCCAAGGAGGAGCUGAUUCAGAGUAUGGACCGGGUGGACAGAGAGAUUGCUAAAGUGGAGCAGCAAAUUUUCAAGUUGAAGAAAAAGCAACAACAACUGGAGGAGGAAGCAGCAAAGCCUGUGGAGCCAGAAAAGCCAGUGACCCCUCCCCCAGUGGAACAUAAACACCGCAGCAUAGUCCAAAUCAUCUACGAUGAGAACAGGAAAAAAGCGGAAGAGGCCCACAAGAUACUGGAAGGCCUCGGACCCAAGGUUGAACUGCCGCUGUACAAUCAACCGUCAGACACAAAAGUCUACCACGAAAACAUAAAAACCAAUCAGGUCAUGAGGAAGAAGCUGAUUCUAUUUUUUAAGAGGCGGAACCAUGCUCGUAAACAAAGGGAACAGAAGAUCUGCCAGCGUUAUGACCAGCUGAUGGAAGCUUGGGAGAAAAAGGUGGAGCGCAUGGAGAACAAUCCCAGGCGCAAAGCCAAGGAGAGCCGAACACGGGAGUAUUAUGAAAGGCAAUUCCCUGAGAUCCGGAAGCAGAGAGAGCAGCAGGAGCGCUUCCAGAGGGUUGGCCAGAGAGGAACAGGACUCUCUGCGACAAUCGCUAGAAGCGAGCAUGAGAUUUCGGAAAUUAUUGACGGUCUUUCUGAGCAGGAGAACAAUGAAAAACAGAUGAGACAGCUGUCAGUCAUCCCUCCCAUGAUGUACGACUCGGAGCAAAGGCGAGUGAAGUUCAUCAACAUGAACGGCUUGAUGGACGACCCCAUGAAGGUGUACAAAGCCCGACAGUUCAUGAAUGUUUGGACUGAACACGAAAAAGAAAUCUUCAAAGACAAGUUUGUCCAGCACCCAAAGAACUUUGGCUUGAUCGCUUCCUAUCUGGAAAGAAAGUGUGUUGCUGACUGUGUUCUGUACUACUACUUGGCCAAGAAGAACAACAAUUACAAGACGCUGGUGAGACGCAACUACGGGAGACGGAGGGGAAGGAACCAGCAAAUAACACGCCCCGCGCAAGAAGAGAAGUCCGAAGAUAAAAACGAAGAGGACAAAUCGGAGAAGUCUGAGAAAAAAGAAGACGAAGAAAAGAAGGACGAGGAAGAGAAAGAUGAAAAGGAGGAGUCAAGGGACAUUGGCAAGGACAAAGACAAGUGUGACGGUGGGGAGGACGAGGACGGGAAGGAGCAAAACACGCCGCGUGGCAGGAAGACCGCCAACAGCCAGGGCCGACGUAAGGGAAGGAUCACCACACGCUCCAUGGCCAAUGAGGCUGCCACUAUGGCGGCGGAGGAAGCACCUCCCCCUGCUUCGGAGGCUGCCGUGCCAGAUCCUCCGCAGAUCCCUAAAUCUGACACAGCUCAGAAGUCCAUUAAGGAACCUAGCAAGCCGCCGACUCCAGUAGCGUCACUGGAUACAAAAGCUGGUGUUGGUGAAACUGGAGAAACUUCUCGCUGGACCGAGGAGGAAAUGGAGGUGGCCAAAAAAGGUUUAGUCGAGCAUGGGCGAAACUGGACGGCCAUCGCCAAAAUGGUGGGCACCAAAAGUGAGGCGCAGUGCAAAAACUUCUAUUUCAACUACAAGCGACGACACAAUCUGGAUAAUCUACUCCAGCAGCAUAAACAGGACACACGGCGGGCUCGUGCCGAUAGGUCUCAAGGUGAAGGUCUUACCACGGCUUCGCCUGAUGACGAUGAUGACAAUGCAGACGACAGUGAAGGAGGUGACAAUAGCUCUGACACAGAGAGUGCUCCUUCCCCCUCUCAAACGGACCCAACCAAGUGCGGUGAGAGCAAGAGAUCCGAAAAUGCUUCUGGAGAUGCUCAGAGUUCCGAUCAGGACACGGUCCCGGUCAGCAAUGCUAAAACCUCGGACCCUUCAUACGGAGGCCUGCGUGUCAAGGAAGAGAAAAGCCCAGAGGCUGAAUCUGGUUCCCAUGAGGAAAAGAGCAGAGUGACUUCCUGCUCUGGUGUGAUCCAUCCAAAAACGGAACCCCAAGAUAUGGACAUGAAAGCCGGAGAAGUUCAGGUUAAAAUGGAGCCCGAGACCAAGGAGAAAGGAGAACACAGCGAGAGGCUGAAGGAGCUCCACUCGGAUAAUGACUCCAGCGCCACCUGCAGCGCUGAUGAAGAUGUGGAAGCAGAGCCUGAAAGACAAAGAAUUCUUUCCAUGGAGAAGCCGUCUUUGCUCAACCCUCCCGGCACCGUCCUGGUGUCCUCACCCAAGCAAAGUCCGCACAACAUCCAGCAGAUGCAUCAGCGGGCAGCUGCCAUUCCACCAAUGGUACCUGGACCUUAUGGCCAUAAUCCAGUGCCCAUCAGUGGUUUUGCCAUGCUGCAACACCAGAUCAAAGCAGCGCACGCGUCCGCUCACCAGGAGGAGAAGCAGCGGCAAGACCAGGCUGACCUGGAGCGCAGAUUGCCCUUCAAUACCCGUAGCCCAACUCUGAUUGACAGAGAUGGUAAGCCCCUAACCUACAAUCCUUAUGACAUGAUGUUGGCACUGGACCAAGAUGCCCUUUCUGGUCGGCCAGGCUCUCCUUACAGACUGUCCCCCAGGAAUCUAAGCAGGUCCUCACCCCAACCUGACCCCAACAUCCCCAAUGCUUUCCGCUACAAUGUGCCGCCAGUCCUUCAUCCAGCCCCCAAUCAGCUGAUCCAGAGUCUGCCAGAGGGACCCCGGAUGGCUUUCGGCAGACCCAGUCGACCUCCUAACAUUCCCUCGCCGCCUCCUCUCAUUCCAACCACCAAACCCACCGACAAACCGUCCUUCAUUCACGGAGGCUCAAUAUCUCAGGGAACCCCGGGCACAUACCUGCCUUCGCAUGCCAUUUACGGGCCUGACGGGAGUAAGAACACAGUGGGCUCCAUCUCUUUGGGUCUGCCUCGGCACCAAGAUCCCAACAAGUCUGUUUCAACAAUACACGAUGGUAGAGGACAUCCAUCAAAAAUGAGUGAGAACCUCACUUUCAGAGGAUCAAUCACUCAGGGCACACCAGCCCUUUCCCAAUCAACUGUUGCUGCUGACCUGCUGAAGGGCACCAUCACAAAACUAGCCACAGAAGAUCUGAGUAACUCUGACAAGGCUCGGGACCAGCUGGCUAAAGGUCAUGUUAUUUAUGAAGGCAAGAGUGGUCACAUCCUCUCUUAUGAUGCCAUCAAAAACCCAAGGGAAACGACUCGUAGUCCCAGAACUAGCCAUGACUUGAAACGGACUUAUGAGAUGAUGGAGGUGCCCAUCAGCAGAGGCCACCCUGGCAGGGAAGGAGCUCCAUUUGAAGGUUUGAUUAGCAGAGCUUUGCCCAGAGAAGGCCUCCAUGGAGAUUCUAAAGACCGACAAAUAAUCACCGGCUCUAUCAUGCAAGGAACACCAAGAACUGCCGCAGAAGCAUACGAAGAUGUUAUCAAAUACGGGAAACAGAUUAAACGAGAGAGCCCACCUAUCCGCUCCUUUGAUGGGGGGAUUGGCAAAGGAAAACCCUAUGAGGGAGUUAACACCAUUAAGGAGACUGGGCGCUCCAUUCAUGAAAUCCCUAGACAGGACCAGUCUGGCCAGGAUCUCAGAAAGACCCCUGACCUAUCGGACAGGAGAGUCAUAGAGGGUUCCAUGUCUCAGAUUCACUCUCUGAACCAGCCUACGAUCAAGCACAAUGUUAAGUCCCUAAUCACCAGUCCCGGUAAGCUCUCCCACAGCUUACCCCAACACGAGGUCAUAGAAAGAAGCAAGUACGAGGAGAGCAAAGCAGUGCGCCACACCUCGGUGGUUAACUCCACCACCUCAGUCCUGCGCUCCACACACCAGGAAGCUGCAAAAUCUCAGCUCAGCCCAGGCAUGUACGAGGACGCCAACGCUCGUCGGACCCCUGUGAACUACAGCACCAGUUCUGUGACCAGAGGUUCACCCAUGCUGGGGCGUUCGUCAGAUGGAACAAAAUCUAGUUCACAUGAAAGAAAGAACGCCAUGACACCCACUCAGAGAGAAAGUGUCCCAGCCAAGUCCCCAGUAGCGGGAGGCGACCCCAGGGCUUCUCACAGCCCCUUUGACCCUCACCACAGGCCGGUUGUUCCAGGGGAAGUCUACCGAGCCCACCUGCCUCCACACCUCGACCCCAGUAUUGCCUUCCACCGAGUGAUUGAUCCUGCCUUCAUGUUUCCCAGGCAACCGUCUCCAACUGGCUACCACAACACAUACCAGCUCUACACCAUGGAGAACACGCGGCAGACCAUCCUCAACGAUUACAUCACUUCUCAGCAGAUGCAAGUCAUCCCUCGGCCCGACCUGGCCCGUGGGGUGUCGCCACGAGAACAACCUGUUUCUAUCCCGUACCCAGCUGGAGCUCGAGGGAUAAUUGAUCUAGCCCAGAUGCCUCCAACUAUCCUGUUGCCUCACCCUGGGGGAACAGGUACUCCCACUUUGGAACGUAUCGCCUACCUCCCUGGAGCUCAGCCCCCUUUCACUACUAGGGCUUUCAACCCAACCUCCAUAUCGCCAGGUCACCAAGCCCACCUGGCUGCUGCAGCCGCCGCUGCCGCGAGUGUGGAGAGGGAGCGAGAACGUGACCGUGAGCAACAGGAGAAGGAACGGGAAAAAGAAAGGGAGCAGCGGGAUCGAGAAAUGCGCGAACGGGAUCGGGAAAGAGAGCGAGCCAACGAUUAUCUUCGUGGGAGUGGAGUUGAGCAACCAGGAAGCCGAGGCUAUCGGCAUUCUCCUUCCCCUUCACUCAGAAUGCAGGAAGUGGUUGUUCAGCAGCGACCAAGCAUCUUUCAGGGCAAGAGCGUCAUCACUUCUCUAAUGCCACAUUCAGCAGCGGCAACAGCAUCGACCCAGAGUAACUCUCGCUACAGUACGGCAGCUGACGCACUGGCUGCUUUGGUGGAUAUCGCAGCCUCGGCCCCACCCGUGGACGUGGCCAAAGCGAAGGAGAAUAAACGGGACGAGCGCGAUGACGAAAUGUGUUCAGCGGCUCGGAGAGCACCGAGCAUCACGGAACAGCAACAGGAGCCCGACAGGCGAUCGGCACCAUACGGUGCUAUGCCAGGAGGGAAGCCCCACCCGGGGUACCCCGAGGGGGUUGGCGUUAAGGAUAAGGGGCCGCAAACCUCAAAGUCCCGCAUUGAGGAAGAGCUUCGAACCCGUGGAAAAACAACCAUCACGGCGGCUAACUUCAUCGACGUCAUCAUCACCCGGCAAAUCGCCUCGGAAAAAGACACCAGAGAGCGAGGCUCUCAGAGCUCCGACUCCUCGAGUAGCUUGUCCUCAAACCGAUACGACAAUACUGGUGGUGGAGCCAUUGAAGUGAUAAGUCCUGCUAGUUCCCCAGUCCGUUCCCAACAGGAAAAAACGGACGAGGGGCAGCACACAGCAGCUGCCAUGCGGGUUUACGACAUGAGUCGAUACCGGCCUUCGGCAGAUCCGCCCCAGCCCAGUUCACAGCAGCCCCCUACGUCCCAGGCUGACAGCUAUUCUCAAAUCCCCAAGACGCAUCGGGUCAUGACCUUGGCAGACCACAUUUCGCACAUUAUAACCCAGGACUUUGCUCGCAAUCAAGACCCUCCUGCAGUUUCCUCGUCAGCCUCUGCCACAUUCCAGAGCACGAUGCCACCCACGUCUUCGUCGAGUCGAGUCAAGGGUCCCAGCCGCUACAGCCCUGAAAAUCAAAUCCAGGCACCAAACCAUCACCGUCCCUCCAGCAGGCUUUCCCCGGAGAACGCUGCAGACAAACCCAGAUCCAGACCUGGUAAGUCUCCAGAGAGAGGUGGCAGACAGAUGGAGAACUAUGAACCCAUCUCACCGCCACAGAGCUACCAAACCAUGGAUAAGCAGGAGACUGGUGGGCCUGCACCCCAAAGGCGAGAGACGGAUACCUCUGAGAUCAGGAAUGACUCACGGUCCCCUGGCAGUGUCAGUUACCUGCCCUCCUUCUUCACCAAACUAGAGAACACUUCACCUAUGGUGAAAUCCAAAAAGCAGGAGAUCUUUCGUAAGUUGAACUCCACAUCUGGUGUUGGUGAUUCUGACAUUGGAAAUGCUCAGCCAGGCACAGAGAUUUUCAACUUGCCUGCUGUUACCAGCUCCAGCAACAUCAACCCUAGGAACCACUCCUUCAGUGACCCCGCCAAUAACUUGGGCCUAGAAGACAUAAUCCGGAAAGCCUUAAUGAGUAACUUGGAGGACCGAACGGAGGAGCACCAAGGUGCCAUCAGCAACGCAUCCAACACGAGCGGUGACACCCGCCAGGAGGCCAAUCCUUCGCCGAGCAUAGCGAAACAGAAGCAGGGCAAAGCAAACAGCCGUAAAUCGAAGUCUCCUAACCUGGGUCAGGCCUAUUCGGGAGGGGAUCGCCCCUCCUCUGUGUCCUCCGUACACUCCGAGGGAGACUAUCACAGACAAGCACAAGCCCAAUCGCAAUGGAGUUGGGAUGACCGACCCUCAUCGGCAGGGUCCAUGCAGUUCCCUUACAACCCGUUGACCAUGCGCAUAAUGAGCAGCACGCCACCCACGUCAAUAUCUUCCCCCUCCAUUCAGAGCCAGCAGCAGCAGCAGCAGCAGCAGCAGCAACAGCAGGCGCCACAGCAGCCGCUUUCUGCUGGAGCUCCAGUGGGCCAACAGCGCGUGUGGCAGUCUCUGCUGUCAGAGCAAUACGAGGCCCUGUCGGACAGCGAUGACUGAGGCUGAUCCGCAAGAAGGGAUUAAAAGAGACCCAGGAUAUGAGGUAGAUCUCUUCCAACCCCUCCAAGACACCAAAGUGACAAGUAGACAGAAUGGUGUCCGGUUCUUUUCUGGUGCUUUAGCGCCCCCAAGCGGAAAGUGAGUGUACAAGCAAGCCGACGAUCGACUGGACCCUCCCAAACGAGCGUUUUGGUUUGGAAGCCUCCAGCCUCGUGCGGAAGUAAACCCGACUAAGGGGAUGACUUGUGAUA